GAUGCGCUGUCUAUCGCUUGCACCGAGAUAAACGACAGAUAGUCGAUCAACCAACGUGCAUAUCCGAGGUAUCGCGAACGAUAGAGAAUCAGUUUCGUGUAAGUUAAGGCGAAAGGUUAGACUCGUGGUCGAAAUCACGGUUUUUUACCGUGAGGCAGAAAAGUUACGGGCAGGAAAGGACGCGUGAGGCCACCUCUCUUUGUCCUACGUGUACGUGUACCAUCAUCGUCGGCUAUUUCGUUCUGUCUCGUUCCGUUUCGCGGUCGAUCUUUGUUCGUGGCACGCAUCGAAGGCAGCUAGCUCAUCGAGAAAAACAGAAUCUAAAAACGUGUGAACGUCGAGCGAAACGACGCUCGGCCAGCAAAGUGCAAAGGGAUGCAAUCGAAAUGGGCUUGGAUAAUCCUUAAUCUCGUGGUAUGCGCGAUCGCAUCGGUGGAGGAUGACAACGUAAAAGCUUUCAUACAAUUAACCGAGUACGGUUACGUGGAUGUUUGCUUAGACACGACCGAGGCGCAAUGGGCUUUCCUCAAUUCACCGUCGAAUAAAACUUUGUCAGAAUGGGAAGAGAAAUUAAUUUCUUAUGCCAGAUUCAAGAUCUUGCAAAUGGAUGAAGUUGCCAAUAUUUCAAAGAAUGAUAUCCAUGACUCAGCUUUGCUGUAUAAGUAUGAUGUUGCUAUAAAAAUAGGUGAUGCUUUGUUGCAUACUGAUGAUUUAAAAAAACUUGUGCACUUUGCCGGAGCAGCAGAGUUGCAGAGAUUAUCCAGAGUUCGUGAUACAAUCUUGAAAAAUCACACAAGAAAAGAUCUGGAGAAUAUAUUGUCACAUAGCAGUAAUGUUGAAAAUAAGAGCGCCGUUUGGACAGCAUGGCAUCAAGGGUUAGCUCCUCUGGUUAAGAAUUUCUCAACUAUCCUGCCACUUGUUAGCAAAGCAGCCAAAGCAAAUGGUGCCAAAAAUGUAACUGAAUAUUGGGAAUUUUUAAGCGGAUAUAGCGAGGGUUAUGAUAAAAUAAAGUAUGAAUGGAGUAGGCUUGCUAGUCUUCAUAAAAAGAUACUGAAAUUUGCAAUAAAUAACUUAUCUCAGAAGUACAAAAUUACUAUGAAUAACACAAUACCAGCUUAUUUACUUGGAUCUUUGCAAGGAAGUGACUGGACACCGAUAUCAGUUGAUGUAACACCUUACCCAGAUUUGAUGUACAGCAUAAAAAAGAAUCUUUGGAAAAGGAGACUUAUUGGAAAAUCUUUGUACAAAACUGCCUCUAUCAUGAGCUCACAGAUAUUGAGCCAAGCACCGCAGGCAGGUUUUUGGGGUAAAAGUCGUUUUGAUCAACAGUGUCCAUCAAAAUUAAUCAACUUUUGUCAAGAUGCUAUUUUGAGUGUAUCUACUUGCUUUGAACCUACCAUAAGCAACUAUCUCUCUGCCCAUAAAAAUGUAGGCAAGAUAGUGUUCAAUCAAAUAUCUGUGGAGGACACUCCAGUACUUAAUACAGCCAAUAGAUACUCAGGUCUGGAAGAAGGUGUAUCAGAACUUUUUGGUAUUUUAGCAGCAAGCCCUGCUUGGUUAAAUUAUACUCACCUUAUGGACAAUUCUACUGACAGUGAACAACGUCUAAUUGUGUCCCUGAUGAUCACUGCCUUGAAUACAUUACCACAAAUUACUUAUUACAUGUCUGCAGACAUGUGGAGAAUCGAUGCCAUUGAAAAAGGUAUCACUAAUCCUGAAGAUUUAAUAUCAUCUUGGUGGAAGCAUAGAGAAGAAUACGAAGGACUUAAUUCAAAUGGCACUAAUAUGCCCACGUUUUUAGAUGACGAUUAUAUCACAAGCAACAAGCCAUAUCUCCCAAAAUUAACCGGUACGAUACUAGCAUUUCAAUUGUACAAAUACUUAAUGGCGUCCACAGCAGUUAGAUACGAUUCGAUAGUAGAGAAACAUAUAAACAUAAACUUUCUAAAAAUGAUUCAGCGAGGAAGCGCCGACGACUGGAUGAAAGUGCUGGAUAAAUUUUUAGAACUAGACGAGGUAUCGUUUGAUUCGUUGCUCUCGUUUUUCUCGCCAUUGGAGGAUUUUAUCGACGAGCUGGAAGAGAAUAUCCAAUACAAAGCAGACACAGCCAAAGAGUCAGAAUUAGAGGAACUGGAAAAGAGAGUAAUCGUUGAAAUGAAUACUCCGUCGACUACCACAACUACUACCACGACACCUAGAAGUGUAGCGGGAAAAACAAAAACUACGAGUACAUCUAGUAGCAAACAGAACGACGGAAGAAGCGGUAUGAAUACUGUAGGCAAUUCUAACAAGAAUUUAGAAUCUAAAUCGUCUAUACUUAUACCAGAAAACAGUAAUAUAUUAGACGUUCCAACUAUAACUGAAGUUCCUCUUGAUAAGUCACAACUCGAUAGCCUAGACACAGACGAUGAUAAGAAACCAAAGAUUAAUACUAGUAAGGCAGUGUGGGCUGUGGGGGCAGUGUUAUUAGCAACGAUAGUUAUUUGUAUAAUCGCGAUCUUCGGCAGACAAAGAUGUCGCAAAACACCAAAAAAUAGACGAUACGUUUAA